AUGCAUGCCACUAAGCAUAAUGCUGAUCUUGAAGAUGAGAAAUAUUUAAUCAAAUCCUGUGUCUCCGAGAUCAACCAAUACUUGAUGAGGCUUGUUGAGACUCGUGACUCCUUGUUGACUGUCUCGAAGGAUAAUGUAGCUUCUAUUUCAGGUAAAGACAAAGGCAAAUGCAUUUUGGAAGAUGACGCUAAUGAAAACCUAAAAAUAACUGAAGAAGAAAGGAUUGCCAUGGACAAACGGGACAAAGAGCUAGAUGAUCUCCAAGUUCUUUAG